AUGCGCCAAAAACAUGAGGCGGAGAGGGCCAGGGAGGUCGAUCCCAUAGCUCAUCCGCAUCGCCGCUCCACCGCGUCAAUCGUUGUAAUCGUGCAACGACGCUUCAGUGGGGUACAGGGGUCCAUGCAUCCAAAUGAAGGGAUGCUGUCCUUCCCCAGCUCUACAAACCAGGGGCUGGAACAUAACUACGAAGAGGAAGAGGGUAGCGAUGUAGACCGAGAAUUAAGGCCAAUAGCCCGACGCACGGGCAAGCACAUAGCUGCCGGCGAAGAAAGACCAAGGAUCAACUCUGGUCAACAAACUACACCCAUUGAAGGUGAAUGUGACUGUGAUACCUGUUCUGAGUAUUCCUUUGGUAAACACAUGUUAAGGAAUGAACUAAGACAUGUUCAAAGGUAUUAUAUUGUAUAA